CCAGAAAGAAGUCGUCAACCACCGUGCCCGGAAUCCCAGAUCGAGUACGGUACACGCCGUCCUUAGUUCGAGAUGACGAGUUGCCUAAGUCGGCGCAGUUGCCCAAGGUGCCCUGCAAGCCGUCGCGAAUAACCGAAAAGACCGCAUUAUCUAUUCCUAGACGUGUUUUUCGAGUUUCGUGAUUCCAGCGUAGCCUUGCGUCUAUUCGCUAAUGGAUUAUGUGCCGUCUCUAGAUACCUGUUCGGAACCUUCAACGAUGACGCCGGACGCUGAGGAAAAACACAAGUCGAUCCCGAAGAUGCUUUCCUUCCAUUGACCGAAGUGACGAAAAAUUGAAAGGAGUAAUAAUAAUUUGGAAAAAAUUGUGGAAAAUAAUAUAAACCAACAGAAAAAUAUCAAGAUCAAAGACGGCGGAAAGGAUGUCGCUAACGGUCGAGAUUCAGGCACCGCUUCUCAACGGAAACGUUGGGAGUCAAAGUUACAUAUCCGGAUCGAUAGGUACAAAAUGUCUUUGCUGUCCUUAUGGAUAUCACAUAGACUUGGAUUUUGUGAGAUACUGCGAAGCUGUCGCUGCUGGAAGUUCUGGAUCGGAUCGAGUAAGCGAGAGGCGAAGGAAAAGGGAACGUCGACGACAAUGUCAAUCGAUGGAAGUUCUUCUUGGCUUGGUCAGUCCUGCCCUGGCCGGCAUUGAAUCCCAGCUGCCCAAAAUCGCGCAGGAAAGUUCAUCGACCAAUGGUAUCACCACUUUGCCGCGAUCCAGUCACGCCAGGCCGUGUAACGUUCAGCAUUCACCGAUUCUAGACAUCAGUGAUGUCGUAGGCGACUUUGAAGACACCUUGAGACGCUCUUCGAGAUCCUCCAGACCUUCGGAUCGUCAUAAUUAUACCGAACAAAUUGAUGCCUGCGUAUCGCGACCUUCCGCACAAACGGAGGGCUCACCGGACUUGGACAAUGCCAGCAUUACAAGCGGGAAUUCUAACCCUAGUACGGGGGCGUUGCAGAAUGUCAGGGAACAGAUGGCGACCGCGCUUGAAAGGAUGAAGGAUUUGGAGGAGCAAGUCAAGGCGAUCCCCAUGCUGCAAGUUAAAGUGUCCGUUUUAAAAGAAGAGAAAAGGCAUCUCCAGCAGAGGAUCAACGAGUUCAAUCGGUGGGAAACUGAGAACAGAAGCACGCUGCACAGGUACAGAAGUCAAUCGUUUUCCGAGGAUCGGACGCAUUCUGCUCCGGACCCAAAAAUUCCCACCAGAGACAUGGGAACCAUGUGCGGAGUUAUGACCAGAGACGUUGGAGUGUCUCACCAGCAGACAAGGACCAGGGAUGCCGGGAUGGUGACAAGUACGCCGAUUCAACAACGAUUGGAAAAUAUCGAUCAGACCACCGCGAGCAUCGAUGACUCUCUGCUAUCAACACCUAAGAGGAACAUUUCUCAUAUGAAACUGGAGCGUAGCAGGCUGCAGAUCGAAAGCAUUCUACCAAGCGUUAUGGGAAGGCCUGAACAGAAAUUAUCUCGGAGUGGUUUAAAGUUGGAAAACAUUUUUCCAGAAUUAACGCUACGUAAAGUUCUUCAACGAAGCGAUCUUCGAAUUGAAACGAUAAAUCCUGACUACGACCUAAUCAGAAAUAAGUCAGACGUGCAAAAAGAAAAUUCAGUGAUCUCUCGUACCAAUCAGCGGAAGAAGGUUCUUCAACGUGGUGGUUUUUACUACGACGAAAUAUCACCAAAAUCAAAAGAGGAAAUGUUGAAUCUAAACACACGGAGCUGCGGGACUGAGACAACUUUAACGAUGAAAGAUGUAAAGACGAGUGAAGAGUUCGCCAUGGAACUUGACGAGAGUUUGCGGAUACAUAAAGUCAUGAACACCCCCAAGAGAGUACAAACGAUUUCUGUGGAAACGCAGUGUGUUCCGGAAGUAAAACCACUCCUGAAGAUUGUUGAGAAGAAGGAUCAGGCUGUGCAAGUUUCGAAACCUCUAAAGUUGACCUCCAAUGUCGGUGUAACGGUGAAACCGAGAUCUUCCGACGUCGGUAUCGAAGCCAAACCUGGUCCUGGAACAAGGAAUACCGCUUCAGGACCGGACCCGGUCUCUGCGCAAACGAUAUCACUAAACGCUCUGGGGACCAGGAGUCAUUCCUUCAACUACGGCGACAGCAAGCUGACAAGAAAAUCUACCAAGUCGAUUGGGCUCACGGUCGACGGUUUGAUCAAGACUGCCGCAAGAUCCACGGACACCACAGGAUUGACCCCGAAGAAACGGGAGUUCGGAACUUCUACCCUGAAAAAGAAAUUCAUCGACGUCGCGGUCGGCGAUUCUGUAAGAUCGCCACACAUCAGCAUUUCGUGUUCGGCGAAUUACUGUGACAAUUGCAAGGACACUAUCAAGACAUUGGCGAAACAGAUCGUAAACAACACCGACAAUAUCAAUCAACAGAACAAUAAUCAAGUAUCGCGCAUACCCAGGCCAUCCUAUAUUUCUCUGAAUUCCCCGACCGUCCGCAGAAUGCAGUUCAAGCGGCAGGAUACCUACACCAAGAUACCGUGCUCAACUGUCAUCAAGUACGACGCUGACAAUAAGGAACAAUACGAAUCUAACAACCGACUCCAGAAUUCGGAGACGGAAGAGGUACACGAUGAGAAAAUAUCAUCUGAGGAAUCAUCGCCGGCAGGGGAAAAGUCCGAAGUUGAAGAGAAGCACGGUCUGCCGGACUCGGCGUUGUUCCAACCGAUCCAAGAAAAACCCAGACAGAAAGUUAAGCCGUCUCGAGAGAUGGGUGCAGCCAUGAAAGUGCUGAAUGACAAUCUGAAAAAAUCACCCAGUCGGAAUAUCAGUCAUCAGAUAAAAAACGCGACGACAAUAAUACAGCAGGAAUGGUUCAAGGUUUCGAGCACGGCAACCGCGAACCCUCUCGACGUUGAGGACUACCUGGACUGCUUCGAGGAAACCUCCAGCUCUUUGUUAGAGUACAUUGUAAACAUGAACGACGCUAGUGGCAACACCGCCAUGCACUACGCGGUUUCUCACGGGAAUUUCGACGUCGUAUCAAUUCUACUCGAUUCCAAAGUUUGCGACAUUAACAGGGCUAACGUCGCCGGUUAUACCGCCGUCAUGUUAGCUGCCCUCGCAGAAGUUCGGAACUCAACACACUCGUCUGUCGCUAAUAGACUGUUCCAAUUGGCAGACGUCAACGUUCGCGCAAAACAGCACGGACAAACUGCCCUUAUGCUCGCGGUGUCUCAUGGGCGCAAAGACAUGGCCAAGCUGUUGCUGGACGCCGGUGCCGCGGUCAACAUCCAGGACGAAGACGGCAGCACGGCGUUGAUGUGCGCAGCGGAACACGGACACACGGAGAUCGUGCGACUCCUGCUCGGCCAUCCGGACUGCGACUCGUCGAUCGUCGACGUGGACGGAAGCUCGGCUUUGAAAAUCGCUCUCGAAGCCGGGAACCGCGACAUCGGGGUGUUGCUUUACGCCCACGAGUACGUCAAUCGUGGAAUAAGUCCGUAUUCCUCAAUGAGGAGAAGCCGCCGAGGCUCCCAACCAACGACACCAACCGGAGGCCCAUCGCCAUCGGCGCCCGUGAGUCCGGCACCAUCGAGAAGGUUUCAUUCUUCAACCAUGUCGUUGAAUUCGACAAAAUAUUUGUCCAAGUGAAGGGAACGAAUUUUUCGUUAUUAUAAGUUAAUAACGGCGUUUUUUCCGAUCCGAUGAUCACCAUUGAAUUAUGAUCUGCUAUGGAGACUGUUGUAUAAUACCAACACAUAUCUAGAAAUGAUGGAAGACACCUGUAGGAGAGGAGUGCAUUUGAUUUCUUAUUUAUCGUAUUAUGUUCUUUUAUUUUAUUUUAUCUUUUUAUUAAACGAAUGGCUGCUCGAAAGAUGACGAUAAUUUCAGAUAUGAUGUUGAAACAAUACCGUGAAUAUAUGUAUAAGUAUGCCGGAUAAUAUCACGGUUACAGUCGUACGUCUAUCCCUGACGGAAUACGUGUUAUUCGUGAUUAACCAAAAUGUUUUCACGUUCUUUCUGUAACAUUGAAUAUUCGAAAAAAUUAUCUGGCAUUACGUGUGUGCGUGCGCGCGCGUGUGUGUGUGUGUAUGUGUAUAUGCAUGUGUAAAUCUGUUUUUUGACAGAAAUACACAUCUAAUGCAAAAUGAUUUCCUAUAAUUUCGCAUGGUCUUUGAACCAUGUCAAACUUUACUAACAAUGAGAUACGUCAGAUACGUCGUGCAAGUAAAUCAAAGUUGAGAAAUAUUUUUUUUUUUACUUUGAGUCGAUUGUAGAUUAGGACUCUUGUAUAUAAUAUCUAAGGAUUGUUUUUCAUUCCAAAUUAAGGUAAACAUUACGCAUACAUUUUUGUUAAUAUUAAUACAAUUUCCCUUCUCUUCUUUGCUUCAUCUGUUUGUCUUAACAUUUUUUUUUUUAUCUCUUCUCAUUUCUAUUUCAUUAGAAUAAAGGAAAUAUUUUUCAAUUGGUGCUGUAAUUAAUUAUCUGCGGCACAUGUCUUGCCUGUUAUACAAUAUAGGUAUUGUACUUCUUUGAAUCGUUUUUGAUUUACAAGAAAGUGAAUUUACAAUUUGAAUAGUUAUAUAUUAAAAGUUUCGAGUAUGGAAUCUUCGAGUACUGUGAAGAAACUUGAUACAUACAGACUUAUUUGUAUAGAUGAAAGAUAAUAUAUAGGUAUGCAUAGAACAGAGCACAAACAUUCAUUCAUGAAAACAGGCGGUCCGAUAAUUGAACCUUGCAUUUUGUCGAUUAUUGAAAUGUUCACGAAUAACAUACGAAUAACAUAUUGUCACACGAGGAAUGAAGUUAAUGGUCUUCCAGCGCACUGUAUGACGCGUAGAGAUUUCGAAUGACAGAUUACAGAGUAACGUGUAAACUACAUUCCAAUCUAAAUAUCGAAGCUUAUUGAUCUUCAUCUUUCUGGAAAUUUAUUGAUAUGUACCAUUAUCAAAUUCAUGCCAAUUGCGAAUAGACUGAAAAGGCCUAAUAUCAAUUUGGGAUCAAACGAAUCAGCACCUAUAACGAUGAUACUCUUAAUACAAAUAUUGACGUGGAGCUGGCUGCUAAAAUUUUUGAAACGACACAUCAGUAUAGAUGGAACAAGUCGAUGGGAGGAAAACGACAGAAAUAAACAGUAAAACAUUUCGGACAAAGAGAAUUAUUGUGUUAGGGGUGCUUUCCUCGGCAACUGAUAAAGUACGUUAUAUG